GACCACUUCGAACAUUUCGACGGUUGAACCAUGGAUGCCGUUGCUUGCGUUGUCUUUGGCUGUCUGUGGCUGCUGGCGCUUGGCGCGUGGGGAGCGCACUGCUACCAGUCGAGUCGGUUUGUGACCGAGCUGCAUGAGGCCAUGACCCUCACCGCGACUCUCGGGGUCUUUGAGAUGGGGGUUCGACUGAUGUUGGGAGAUUCCACGUCGACGUGGGUGUACGUGUGGCUCGUGGCAGGCUGCCAUGCGCUGUUCCUCGUGAGUUUCUUCGCGACGAUCAUGCUCGUGGCUAACGGGUACACCUUGACGUUGCCCACGUUGCGCCCUCGGGAUUGGGCCCGCAUCCUACUGAUUGCUUGUGUGCUGGGACUCGUUCGCUGGGUGCGCAGUGUAGCCGAUUCAUUUGCAGGGAUGCUGGUCGAACUGACGUUGCAAUUUUUGGUGCUGCUGUACGUGCUACAGGCGUGUUCGUUGAAUGUGCACUUUUCGUUGUUCUUGGUGGCCUUGUUGAGACGGGAAGGAUUGGGCCAAGAGGUUGCGGUGGUAGAACCGUCUACCCACCUCUUCAAGCAAUGUCAAAUUGCCUUUUCGUGCUUCUUUAUGGGGUACAUGGCGAUAUGUGCGUGGUCGUUGACCAUUCUGCAACCCUUUCGAACCACGUUUUUCCUCCUUGAACAGUCGCUGUUGCUUGGUCUAGCUACCUACUUUGGGUUCUACUUGCGUCCAGACUCCAAAUCUGGAUUGGUGGACGUGGCCCAGCAUCUGAAUGUGUCUGCAAUGUCCGACUCGUUCUUGAGAGUGCGAUCCAAUUUGAAUGCACCGGAAGAGAUGCGACCCCUUGUGACAUCGUCUUCUGUGGUGGUCAUUGAGAAUCCGCCGUCCAGGACGCCAGCGGGGCGAUUCGUGCCCAACUUCGGCGUUGGGGUCGCACCCUCGGACCCGCACCCGCCCCGCGACAUCCAAUGAGGCGUUCGCUUGUUCGAUGGCAUAGUUAAGGCAUGUUAAAGUGUUAGUUAAAACAGGGGUCGUUUUGGCUUGAGCAAGGCGACGAGCCCCGCGAAAGACAGGACCACAGUCCGCAUAUAGUUGGACGUCGCGAUGGACGGAUGGGGCGUAUCGAUGACCGUACAGUGUUUACGUAGCCAAUCUCUUGUACAGCAUGUCCUCGGCAUGAAUUUGGUGGCGCUGUUGCAUCAACUCCACCUCAUACGCUAUGAUGCCGAAAUCCUGGCCAACGGACUGGAGAAUAGGAGUGCUGGCUCUACCAUCCCCACUGACAAUAUGGUUGGUGGCGAUAAUUGCGCUGGGGUGCGCGAUGAGGGCCGAUCGUACAUGGACAGGUCGUCAACAGGUACGUAGAUAGACGACCGAUGCAUGGCUCGGACGACACGAGUCGUUAGGGAGGCCUCCGUCGCCACCGAAAU